AUGAUAUGGGUUCCCGCACCUCUGGCAGCGACGCUUAGUCUUUCGCCGCUGUGGAAGCUUCCGCUGCUUGUGCCGUGCACACACCUGGCUCGGCUAGCCAACACGCCGCCAAACCCACAAUCAACAGCAGAAGAGAAGUUGAAGUAUGAAGGGAGCGGCAGAGGUGACAACAUGAGACCCGUCAUGAAAGCCACAUGCAAGCUGCUGGGCAUCCGACAGGCGAUUUACUACACUGGUGCACUCUGCGAGACCGCAGUAAUCGUCUCGCGCUACCUCCCUGCACACAUCCGGGAGCCCAUCGAGCGCCUCCUCGUGAGCAGCAGUGCACCGGACCCCGCGCGCGUCCGUAUCACGCCCCUCUGGCUGACGGGCUGCCUGCUCACGGGCGGCGCGGGGUGUCUACGUCUAUGGGCCUUCCGCACGCUCGGUAGACUCUUCACGUUCGAGAUGUCAAUCAAGAAGGACCACGUGCUCGUCACGUCGGGUCCCUACGCGAUCGUGCGCCAUCCAGCGUACACUAGUGCGGUCUUGCUCGGCGUCGGCGUCGUGACAACGUCGUUUGCUCUCGGGAACUGGUAUGCAGAGUGCAUCGGAUGGGACUCGAUUGCGAGCAGGGCGUUCGCGGCGCUCUGGGCAACGUGGUCACUGCUGGUACCAAUGCUGCUGGUGACGAGGGUGAACAAAGAGGAUGAAGUAAUGAAGGCGUAAUUUGGUGAAGAGUGGGAAGCGUGGGCGAGGAGGACACCAUACAAGCUCGUGCCAUACAUCUAUUGAUAUAAACCGUGUGAGAACAGAC